AGUAAUUUUGGGUUUUACUCAAACAUAUUAAAAAAUUACGAAUGAUGAUUUUUUUUUGUUAGCUCAACUGUUUGCAGUGAUUUGCGUGAAAGCCGCAGUUUUAACUGAAUCAUGCGGUUCCCAGAGCUCCUGCGAAUUGUGCACAAAAACGGGCACCUACAUUCCUGGCGUAAUAUGUCGAUGGUGUAGGGCGACCAGAACAUGUCACACGUUUGGCUCACCCUUGAACAUAUGCCAAUCAAGCGUGACGGAACCGGCUCAGUGCGAAGGAAGAUACAGUCACAGCAAGGCCUUCACAUUUGCCAAAAUGAACGCUGUGGCCUACGCAGAACCAGAACAUUUGAAAAAAUGUUUUAACGCACUUUUUCCUGACAAUGACUUCGAGAUUAUAGAAGCUAUCGGCAGGAAGUGUGGAGCAAGGUGGGGCAUUGACUUUGAGGAAUGUUUUGCAUAUGUUGCAAUAUCUAAAAAGAGCGAAACUAUUAUCGUCAGCUAUCGCGGAACGUCAGGAAAUAAACUUCAACAAGCUUUACAUAUAUUUCAACAAAUGUCGUCAUACACAAUUGAGGUCAAUUCAUAUUUCAAUUCUACGUUUAAAAGACUAUAUGAUCCGUGUAUUCGCGACAGUGUCAAGCAGCUCGCUAAAGAUUUCAAGAAUUAUGAAGUGGUCGUUACAGGUUACUCUUUAGGUGGCGCGCUUGCAUCAUUGACUGCUUAUGCUCUAGUUAAAGAGGGCGUUGUUGCAAAAGAUCGAUUAACAUUGUACACGUUUGGAAGUCCGCGUGUUGGUGGCAAGAGGUACUCGAUUGAUCAUGAUGAGACUGUUCCAAAUAGUUGGCGAAUCAUCAAUUGGCAUGACAUUGCUCCAAUGCUUCCCCUCGAAAUAGCUGGAUAUUACCACCAUAAAACUGCGGUUUUGUAUAUAGACAAUAUAUUCCCAGAUUUAGGAUACAUAGUUUGCACAGACGAGGAAAAAGACGUUAGAUGUCAAUUACCGGUGCCUUGGCCGUCACUUGAUCAACAUACCACCUAUUUUGGAAUAAACUUGGGAAGCUUCUGUCAAACCAAAUUAAAAUACAAACGAGCCACGAAAGAAUCCACAUUCCCUGACGACCACUGUGAGGUCAUUUCGCUGAAAGACGAUGACAAGAUUUCCAACACUAUUAUAAAAAACGUAACAGAGAGCGCGUGCGAUUUCGAACAGAACAAUUGUGACUGGAUGAAAAGUAUCGAAAGAACAUUCGCAUUCAAGAGAAAGAAAGGACCAAGCGACGACGACAAAGCAGGGGUGACCGGGCCAGAGUCAGAUUCAACGGGUUCAGGUUACUACAUAUACGCCGAGGCAUCAGGAAAUAUGGAACAAUUGGCAAAACUGCGCUCUCCAAACUUUUUCCCGGGCAGGUAUUGCUUCGAGUUUUUCUACCACAUGUACGGCGAGGAUAUGGGCUCUCUAACGCUCACUAUGAACUCUGUACCAUUCAGUUUGUGGUACUGGUCGAAUGUUUUUAAGGUAUCUGGAAAUCAAGGAAAGGACUGGAAGAGUGUUCGCAUUGACGUGGACGGUAGUCCUAUUAUUGAAUGGCGGAAUUUCAUGAUCUAUUUUGAAUUCGAGGCGAGAAUCGGCAAAAGCUACAGAAGCGAUAUCGCCAUAGACAGCAUCCACAUUACACCAACGAAGUGUUGAAUAUCAGUUUAUGAUGAGUCAACUUUGUACUAAUAACUAAGCAGGUCUUUUGUGAGUAAUAUUAUUCUAAUUAUCCUCAUUGCUACAUGCUUAUGAUAUUUUAUCAAUGUAGCAGUUCUGUUAUUAUUUUUGUGUUCGUGUUUUUGAAUUUCAAUUGUUUCUUACGACUUGUUUUCAACUAGUGCGCACUUUUCGUCAUUUAUUUUUGUAUCAUAAUACAGCGUGUACCGCAUACUAUCAUUCUGCUGGAUACUUUGGUAGCAUUUGUUAUACAUUUCACUUUUUUUUAAUCAGAAAAAAUUGAAUCGUCUUAUCAAAAAACAAACAAAAUACAAAUAAUUCAUUACUCUUUUACAU